CUCCUCCCCUCCGUUUCCCCUCUUGUCCGGCUGCUGCUGCUGCCGCUGCUGCAGCGGCGGCGGCGGCGGCUGCCGCUCCUCCUCCUGCUGCCCGCGAUGGUGGCAGGUUUGCUGGGCUGCUGGGGCGGCGGCGGCCGGUGGUGGACAGUGCCCGGCACUUGGCUGUGCUUGAUGGCGCUGCUGCUCCUGGGCUCCCCUCCGCGGGGCUCUGUGCUGGUGCACGGCCGUAGGCUCAUCUGCUGGCAGGCGCUGCUGCAGUGUCAAGGGGAGCCCGAGUGUAGCUACGCGUACAACCAGUACGCUGAGGCGUGCGCACCAGUCCUGCAGCAGCAGGGGGGCGAGGAAGGUGCCGCCGCGGCCGCCUCUUCUUUCCCCUCUUCUGCCUCCUUCUCCUCCCGCUGGCGGUGCCCGAGCCACUGCAUCUCGGCCCUGAUUCAGCUCAACCACACCAGGAGGGGCCCAGCAUUGGAGGACUGUGACUGCGCGCAGGAUGAAAACUGCAAAUCGACCAAACGGGCCAUAGAACCCUGCUUGCCCCGGACGAGCACUGGGGGUGGGGGCACCGGCGGAGGCGCAGGGGGUGCCGGCGGGGGAGGCGCCGGGGGAGGCGUGAUGGGCUGCACUGAGGCUCGCCGGCGCUGUGACCGGGACAGUCGAUGUAAUCUGGCCCUAAACCGCUAUCUGACCUACUGCGGGAAGCUCUUUAACGGGCUGCGCUGCACCGAUGAGUGCCGCGCGGUGAUCGAGGACAUGCUGGCCGUGCCUAAGGCUGCGCUGCUGAAUGACUGCGUUUGUGACGGGCUGGAGCGGCCCAUCUGCGAAUCGGUGAAGGAGAACAUGGCUCGGCUCUGCUUCGGGGCCGAGCUAGGUAACAGCCCCGGCAGCAGCGGCUCAGACGGUGGCCUGGACGACUACUACGAUGAGGACUACGAUGAUGAGCAGCCGGGGCAGCGGGGCGGUGGGGGGCUCGGAACGGCCGGAGACUCGCAGUACGAGGAGGAUGGGGUCCCACACUCCCAUCGCCCGGGCGGCGGCGCUGCUGCAGCAGCUGCUGCAGCUGGAGGAGGGCGCGGGGAGCUGCCCUACGGAGACGCGAGAAGGAACAGCGGCUCCCGCUCUACUCCCGAGCGCGCCUGGACUCUGCUCGUCUCCAUUUUGCUGCUGCUGCUGCUGCUUCGGCCGCUGGUGUAGCCUUUUCUCCCAGCUCCUCUGUUCCUCCAUGUGUUUGGUCAAUUGAUCCCGCAGUCACCCCACUCGAUUCCGCUCUCCCGGGUCUCCCUCCCACCCUUCUCUUUCUUCUUCCCUCUCUUUCCCUAUCACCUUCCCGCAGCCCCCAGCGUACUUAGAUUCUACUCUAUCCUAAUAGUACUUGGUACUUAAAACAGUUUUAGAAGAGUUGGGGGAUACUUUGUUUCCUACUUCUCUGAACUCUUUUUCUCUUCUUUUCAAAACUAAUCAACUGCGUUCUGGUUUCUACCUUCUCCUCCGUCCCCCUCCAAUAGCCACAGCUAUUUUACACAGUCCUCUUUCUGAAAAGUAGCUAGAAUCCAGUCUCUUAGAUUGUUGUGUUUUUUUUUUUUCCCUCCACCCCACCCCCAUUCCAGUUCCAUUAUAGAUACUCCAGAUCACUUGGUUGGCUGGAACCCCGGUUUUGCAGGAGACUUAAGGCAGUUAAUGGAGUGGGAGAGGGGGGAUAGAAAGUACUGGAGGAAAAGAGACACCCCUCAGACUGUGGGGUUCUGAUGAGUGCAUUCUUCCCAGUUUUACCCCAUCCAGUUCUGGGAUAGUUGGUAGCUUACAGAGAGAUAUUUGAAAGAGAUAAGCUUGAAAUGCUGCUGUAGGUUUAUUUGCAAAAUCUUCUCUAAGGUAAUGUGCAAAUAGUCUUAUGGUUUGACCUAUUAGAAUCUUUUAAAGAGUCAGCUACUUGAAUUAAAGUCACAUUCAUUCAUUCAUUUUUUCUCAGCGUCAAUGCCUAGAAUAUUCUUAGUGACUAAAGAAGCAGGGAUCAGUUCUUUAUUGCCAUUUCACUCCCUGGGGAGGGGGGGAAAAUCUAAACUGUGUGAUGGUGAGUAAAGUACUUAGCUAAUUUCAUUCCUAUUUAAAAAAGAAAAAAGUUUCAGAUCACAUUUGACUUUCCGUUUCCUUCACCCAGUAUUCAAACUCAAAUGCCGAUGUAGGAAGUUAUUAAUGAUACUAAACAAUGCAACUUUUGUUUUAAAAGAGCGGUGCACUGCCAUCUCCGAAAGACACUUUGUGGUGUUUAGUGGUUAUGUUUGCAUUUUUGUUUUGUUUUGUUCUGUUCUGUUCUUUUUACAUCAAGAACUUUUGUGUACCUUGAGAAAUUAUAUUGCCUCUACUCCUAUCAGGGUGCUAAACUCUGGUAAAUCUUAUAUAAAAUGUAUUUAAAACUGGGAUUUGUUACCAGUCGCUGUACCUUGUAUAUAGAAUUUUUAUAAAAUGUAUGCUUCAAAAAUAAUUUAUUUUUAAAAAAAGAAAUUAAAGUUUAAAAUUUACGUUCAUGCUACUCUUUUUUAAAGAAAUGUACAGAUUUCAUUUGUUUUAAAGGAUACAAAAUACAAUAAUCCAUGUGAAGUAUGCUCUAGGACAGCAAAUGUACAGUGUAUUUUAUAGAUUUGACGUUAACUUUCUUAUUUUUAAGAGAAUUUAUGGACGAUGUUGUUGAUUUAUAUAAAUACAUUUCCAGACUGCCUUAAACAUUGUCUUUUAUAGAAGGCAUAAGAAGUCCUAUGUAACUACGGCUUUGUGUACUGGUUUGUUAAGUGUGUACAUCAGUAAAGAGUUUUAAAUAAUGAA